CGUUAAUAAAGCUAUAUAUUACGUUGUUGAAGUAGCUGGUUGACAUUUAGUUAAUUUUGUAUACUUCAUAUGGGUGCUUUGAUUUGCAAUAAUGCAUUCUAUUUAACAAGACAAUUAAAUGUUUUACAAGUAAAGUGUAUCUGCCGGUAGACCAGAUCUCAGAUCAGUGAAGUAAUUCAGUUCCAGAGGCAAAGUACGGACCUGCUGCGCUCAUGUACUUCAGAUUGUAGGAAAAUACAUAACCAGAUUGAAAAAAACUGUUAUAUUCACCUACAAUUUGCCACAUAAAUCCAACUGACUAACAUAAAGGGUUGAACGAAACCAAAAAUAACUAAAAUGUCACAAUAUCUGCUUUAUUUACCCUCUCGUUUUGAUCGAAAACAUAAACUAGACUGAAAAUGCCCUGAUGUCGGAUUGUCGGAUGAGGACGUAAACGCACACAGAGCGCAGUGAACCAAACAAAACUGCGUUACUUUGAAAUCAGCUCGUAAAAGAAAAUCACGUCUGGGCUCGAAGUUUAGGCAGAAAAACAUCUUUUGGUUAUGGUUUUAAAAAAAAAAAACGCGUAUUUGGUCACGUGACCCAAAAGGUCAAAAGUUUAGCGGGACUCAACAUGGCGAACGGCAUGGAAUCCGCACCGGACGCGGUGCAAUGUCCCGUUUGUUUAAAAGACUUCGCGUCCGGCACAAUCAACGGACACCUCGACGUGUGUCUCACAGACCGACGCGAGCCGCCGUUGAAGAAGUCUCGGCUCGGCUCGACGGCUGAACCGCCCGGUGUCAAGUGCCCCGGGUCCGGUUCCUCCUCCGCGGCUGCCCCGCCGUCCUCUCCGCUGUUCUCCAUGUUUAAAACCAGCAAGAGCAAAGCCUCCGGUCCCGGUGAACGAAACGCGUCGCUGUCGACUAAACAACCGGCUGCCUCUGCCGUCAAGACGGGAGUUAAACGUAAUUUAUCGGGCGAGGAAGAGCCGGGACAAGAAGCCACCGAGGAGGUGCAGAGCCAGCACUCUGGAGCCAACCGACAGACCGUGAAGGCAUCACGCGAGUUGUCUCCCCGGGCGCUGAUGACGUCAAACAGGCCUCUGGCGGAGAGCCUGAGGCCGAGCACGCUGGAGGAAUACUUCGGGCAGAAUAAAGUUGUGGGUCAGCAGACGCUCCUCCGGUCUCUGCUGGACUCCCAGGAGGUACCCUCGCUGAUCCUCUGGGGACCCCCGGGGUGCGGAAAGACCACACUGGCUCACAUAAUCGCCAGCGGCAGUAAAAAGACGGGCACGGCCCGUUACGUGUCACUGUCGGCCACCAGCGCUUCCACCAGCGACGUCCGAGAGGUGAUCAAACAGGCGCAAAACGAGCUGCGGCUGAGCAAGAGGAAGACCAUCAUGUUCGUAGACGAAAUCCACCGCUUCAACAAAUCCCAACAGGACACCUUCCUUCCUCACGUGGAACGCGGGACGGUGACCCUGAUCGGGGCGACCACGGAGAAUCCCUCCUUCCAGGUGAAUGCCGCCCUGCUGAGCAGGUGCAGGGUGCUGGUUCUGGAGAAGCUCUCGGUGGAGGCGAUGGCCUCCAUCCUGGAUCGAGCCGUGGUCAGGCUGGGGAUCGGAGUCCUGGGGCGGGAAGCGGCGAACCCUCGGCAGCGAGAGCAAUCGGACGCCCACGACCCAAAGAUUUUAAUUGAAGAAAAGGCUCUGGACACCAUCGCCCACCUGUGUGACGGCGACGCGAGGGCGGGACUCAACGGGCUGCAGCUGGCCGUCCAGGCUCAGGUGAGCUCGAGCCGCCUCGGCCAAUCAGGACCAGACGCCGCUCGGGAAAUACUGGUGAAGGAGGAGCACGUGAAGGAAGGUCUCCAGAGGUCGCACAUUCUCUACGAUAGAGCUGGUGAAGAGCAUUACAACUGCAUCUCGGCGUUGCACAAGUCCAUGAGGGGCUCCGACGAGAACGCGUCCCUCUACUGGCUGGGCCGCAUGCUGGAGGGCGGCGAGGAUCCGCUCUACGUGGCUCGCAGGCUGGUCCGCUUCGCCAGCGAGGACGUGGGGAUGGCGGACCCCGCCGCUCUUCCCCAGGCCGUGUCGGCCUUUCAAGCCUGCCACUUCAUCGGGAUGCCCGAAUGCGAGGUGAUUCUGGCUCAGUGCGUCGUCUAUCUGGCUCGGGCGCCCAAGUCCGUGGACGUCUACAAGGCCUACGGCAACGUGAAAGCCUGUCUGAGGAACCACAGGGGGCCCCUGCCGUCCGUCCCCCUGCACCUCCGCAACGCCCCCACCCGGCUGAUGAAGCAGCUGGGCUACGCUGAAGGCUACAAAUACAACCCGGCCUUCAGCGGGGCCGUGGAGCAGCAGUACUUACCUGAGGAGCUGCAGGGAACCGACUUCUUCACCUGGACGCCGUCGUGACUUAUUAAAUGAUGAUGCUGCUGAACAAAAA